GUUCCCAAACUUGCAAGAUGCAUCGAAAAUCUUCACAGCACGGUUAAACAACAUGCACAAACUACACCGCACUCGCUUGAAGAUAGGGGCUCGCUCAAUCACCGCCAUCACGUGUAGCUCGCCCGUGAGGAAGCGGAUCUCAACCGCCCGAUUUUUCACCCGCCCGAGUUCUCAAACGCCCGAACUUUCACCAUGCAGAUCCGAAGUGACUCUUCUGAAACACAAACACAUUCACAGUCACACUCUCAACAGUCAACACUGGUCCGGGGCUUGUUAUAUACCACAUAAUCACAACACUGCUCAGCCCAAACAACUUCUCAGAUCCGCACAUUCCCCUCCAAAGCUGGCAAAUCAAAUGGAGUAUGCAAAAGAACUACAUAUUGCUUCAAUAGCAGUGCACCAUGCUAGUAUCCUGACGAACUCGGUACAAUCUAUUAUUCAACAGAAAGGGAACUCGCUCGAGAAAGAUGAAUUUGGAGACCCGGUCACGAUCGCGGAUUUUGCUUCCCAGGCGAUGAUCAUUAAUGCCAUCCAUCACCACUUCCCCGACGACACUUUCGUGGGAGAAGAAGAUGAAUCUAUGCUUCGGUCUUCACCAGAGCUUCUUGAGCGGGUGUGGGCCCUUGUUGAUGGGAUGGAGAUUGAGGGUGAUGAGGUGCCGAGGUUGGGGAGUAGGGAGGAUUUAUUGAGGGUUAUUGGGUUAGGUGGGAAGGAGGAGACAGCAAAGGGGAGAGUGUGGAUGUUGGAUCCUAUUGAUGGGACGAAGAGCUUCUUGACGGGGAAUCAGUAUGCGGUUUCUUUGGCGCUGGUAGUGGAUGGGAGUCAGAAGGUUGGAGUGUUGGGAUGUCCGAAUAUCAAAUCGGGGAGUAGCGAAGUGAGAGAAGAUGUUGUGGAUCGGGAUGGACUUGGCGUUUUGCUGUCGGCUGUGGAGGGUCAAGGUGCUUAUCAGAGAAUCAUGACUCAGGAUGAUUUGGGCGAGCCGAGGAAAAUGGAGAAGUUGGGAGACGUUGAAGAUCUGAGCGAGUUGAAGUAUGUGAACUCGAUGGCGAGCGAUCAUCUCUCGAAACCAAUCUAUCUGGUGGUCAAGGAUGCUUGUGGGCUCAAGACUUCCGAUGAGGUAGAUUUGUGGUCGACGCACGUCAAGUACGCUGCGCUUACCUUCGGAGGUGUGAAUUGCAUGGUGAGGAUACCGCCGAAGAGGAGCUAUCGCGGCUUUGUUUGGGAUCAUGCUGGAGGUCAAUUGAUCUACGAGGAAGUUGGUGGGAAGUUGACGGACAUCAAUGGUACAAGGUUUGACUUUGGGGUUGGAAGGAAAUUAGAGAGGAAUUGGGGAGUGGUGGCUGCUCCACCGAGCGUUCACGGAAAGCUGCUGGAGGUCGUGGAGCGUGUGUUGGAAGAGAAUCCAAUUUACUGAUACCCUAGGUUUCAAGGGCAAGGUUGGGAUGAACUAGCGGAGGUCUUUUCCUGCUGCCCUCUCUGUGUCAAUUGAGUUGGCUAAGUGGCGGGCGCAUGUAUGAGUAUGGAGAACAUAACGUCGCAACUCCCAGUAUGAUUUUAUCAGAGUAUAUCUCUCGAUAGACAAAACAAAAGCAAAUUCUCAGCUUCGGAACCGUAUGAUCCGAACACAAGGCAAGUUGCAGAAAGCCUCACGGCAAGGCACAGACCAUUCUGAUCGCCAUUGGAUAAGACUGUCGAG